UUUUGAUAUAUUUUCGACAUGCCCACCAAAAGUAAAGUAAAAUAAGGCAAAGCAGAGGGCAAAAAGUGGCGUCGGUUCGAGCGAAACUGGGUUGAAACCAUGCCCAUUCUGUAGCCCGGAUACACCAUAAUCUGCGGGCGAACCUUUGUCACCGUCGAGUGGCAGGAGAGGCGGAGCAGGAGCGCCGCCAGACGGGCUUAUAAAUUAUGGAGCUUCGCGAAUUGCGCGGCGGCAAUGGUGGAAGCGGCGGGGGCGGCGGCGGCGGCGGCGGAGGAGGAGCACCUGCGCCGGGAACAUCUGGAGCGGCGGGAAGCGUAAGUGGAAGCGGCAACGGAGCCACCGCGAGUCCCGAGCUCGGUGGCAUUUGCAUUGGCGGCGCCGCCGGAGGACAGCGAAUGCCCACCAAGGCGGACAUAUUCAUGGAGCAACUGAACGCCACCAAUGCCAAGAAGGUGGCCCUGCUCCUGGUGCUCGGAUUCAUCGUCUACCACGGCCUGCUCAACUGGAACUACGGCAGCGACUCCUGCCAGUGGCUGCUGUCCAAGGGCCGCUUCAAGGGCGACAACGAGUGGCAGCCGUACGGCUGCAUGGUGCACAAGUACUCCCUCACUGACACAAGGCGCUGUUUGCGCUACCUCGCCUUCUUCGACAACAAGAACAACUUUGUGUUCAUCGGCGAUGAGAGUGUGCGGCUGCUCUACGAGCGGUUUGUGGAGCAACUGCGUCUGCCGCUGGCCGCCGAUGAGGUGGCCGACGAGGAGGACAACAACGGCUCGGUGACCGAUGGCUCGGCCCGCUUCGAGGACAAGAAGCUGCACAUGCUGGCCCAGUACAUACGGGCGGAGGAGGUGAGUCCGGCGCUGGUGGAGCAGCUGUACCGCCUCGAGGCCGAGAAGCAGCUGUCCUCCGUCUAUGUGGUGGGCUUCACCUAUGCCGGCCUGCUCGCUGGCAACACCACAGACGAUGUGCUGCGGCAAUAUGCCGCCAAUCUCACCCUGCUGGUGGCCCCAUUUCAUCGCCUGGUGGCGCAAACAUCCAGAGUCCUCUGGAAGCUGGCCGACCGCGUGGACGAGGAGAAAUUGCCGCCGAGUUGGAAGCUGCUGCAGAACGAGCACAUCGAUCGCCUGAACUACGUGGCCAGAGGCGUGUUCCGCUACACGGAGGCCAGCGUCUGGGAGUCCGCCUGGCACAUAGCCAACGGCCUGCUGGACAACGCCAUCGAUGGCCACCAGCUGUGCGCCCAUGGCCAGCGCCUGGAGGUCCAGCUGCUGUGGAACAUGUACUGCAAUGACUAUAUGAACUACAACGAUGGCACCUGCUGCAGCAGCUCCGAGCCGCACACCACGCUUCAGAUUGUGGCCUACGCCCUGUUCGGCGUCUGCAUGACCCUCGUGUGCGGCAUGUGCCUGCGCAGAUGGCUGCUCCACCUGCGUGGUCAGACCUUGUAUGUGCCCUUGCAGCAGCAUCAGCAGCAAGCGCACGAAGGAGGACGAGCCGGAGCACCUAGUAAUGCCUUAUCCGCGCUGAUAACCGACUAUGGCACUCCCAUGGUGGCUCUGUCACUGCUGGGCCUGAUUCUGGCCUAUUUCUACCUCUGCGAUCGCACCAACUUCUUCAUGAAGGAGAACAAAUACUACUCGGAGUUUAGCUUUUGGAUACCCGUGGGCUAUGUCUUCGCCCUGGGGCUGUUCUUCACGGAGGAUUCGCGGUUCACCAAGGUGCUGAAUCGCGAUCAAACCGAUGAGCUGCGUGGCUGGAUACUGCUGGUGGUGCUGAUAUACUAUAUGACGGGGGCACAGCGCGUGCUGCCCAUUCACAUGCACAUCAAGCUGCUGAUCUCCGGCUACUUCUUCCUCACCGGCUACACACACUUCACGCACCUGUGGCAGACCGGCGGCAGUGGCUCGCUGUUCGUGCGCUUCUUUCAGGCCAUGUUCCGUGCCAACUUUCUCAGCGUGCUGCUGUGCUUCUGCAUGAACCGGCCGUAUCAGUUCUACUACUUUGUGCCGCUGCUCUCCUUCUGGCUGUGCGUUGUCUACUUUGUGCUCGCCCUGCCGCCACGGAUUUCAUCCGCCUCGGUGGACGCCAAUCCGCUGCACUACCUCUAUUUGGUGUGCAAAUGCAUUGGCUGUCUGGGCGGCAUCACGGUGCUCUUCAUGUCGGAGGUGUUCUUCGAACGGAUCUUCGUGACGCGACCGUGGAAGGCGCUGUUCGUAACCACGGACGAUGACCUGCACGAGUGGUGGCACCAGUGGAAGCUGGACCGGUACACGGUGGCCUUUGGCAUGAUCUACGCGGCCUGCUUUCACAUUGCACAGAAGUACAAUGUGUUCGAUGACAACAACCACGGGAAUCUGUUCUCGCGACGCACCUCCAUAUCGGUCACAUUGCUAGCCCUGCUGGGUGUCGGGGUGUACACCUCGUUCUCGUUCCUCUGCCGCAACGUGCAGAACUGCGAGGAGAUCCACUCGUACAUCCUAUUCAUCCCCAUUGUGGGCUAUGUGGUCCUGCGCAACAUCUCGGGCAUCCUGCGCACCCGCUACUCGGCCUUCUUCGCCUGGUUUGGCCGCAUCUCGCUGGAGCUGUUCGUCUGCCAGUAUCACAUUUGGCUGGCCGCCGACCGACAUGGUGUGCUGGUGCUGCUGCCCGGCUUUCCCACGCUCAACAUGAUCAUCACGUCGUUCAUCUUUGUGUGCGCCUCGCACGAGGUGCAUCGGCUCACCCAGAUCCUGCUGCCGUAUGCGGUGCCCAGCGACUGGCGGCUGGUCAUGCGCAACUUCGUCAUCUUUCUCAUCGUGCUCAUACCCGUCGCCCGGUCGGACGGCAUGUUCUGAUCCUGAGCGAUAUGCAAUCCAAUUGCCGCCCAGUUAGUGACCCCAAAGUAUUCGAUAGUUAGACAAGCCCCUUCGGCAAAAAGAAAGCAAUAAGAGCAAAUACAAGUGUUUAACGCCAGGGUGGAUCGGUUCAAUAUGCAAGCUUUAAAUCUACAAAAUCCCUUUGCCAUAUCUCAACUCUUUCUAAAAGAUACGCGUUUAUUCUUGGGACCUUAGGUCCAAUAUUUCAUGCCAAUUUUGUUGAAAUUCAGACAAGACAAUAAUUCAAUUUGUUAAUGCUAGUUCGUGUUCUAGAAAACAUUACAUUCAAAUUAUUUUUCGCUACACUCCUAUUUAUUCAUAUAUCUUUACAGAUCGAACCACCCUAGUUUAUAUAGUGCGUGUCAUAGCUAUAAGAAGUAAAUGAUAGCCAAGUCUCGAAACGGGAACUUAAACUUUACUUAAAUGUUUGCGCGAUUUGCGAUUUUUGUUAAUACUUUCUACAUCUUUAGAUAACUCGAUAUUCGACAUCUAAUUUAAUGCAAUAUUUUUUUGUAGCAAUAUUUUUUUGAAAAGCAAUAUAUUUUGUUUCAACCUAAGUACCUUAAUUCGUUAUAAUUUUAAGAUGAAAAGCUCCCAAAUAUUCUGUAUAUUUUUGUUUAAGAACUAACCUUAUCAGCAGGGUUAUGCAAAUAACUGCCUUGAAUGGAGAUUUGUUUCUAUGCCAUAGAUGCAAAUUUCGGAAAGUAUGGCUUUAACUUAACUAGGCAAUAUUCUUAUGGUUCUGAAACGCACUGUAGGCACACACACUAAACUGCAAAGAUAUAUAUGUAUAUAUACAUAUUUUACUUAUGUGUAUACAACCUAGGGUUAACAUAGAAUUAAUUAAAUUUUGCACAAAUUACUUAACAACUCACCCGGCCAUACACACUCACUCAGUAAGAAAGAACACAAGCAGCGGCAAACCAAAUGUAUGUAUAAAGCAAGUGAAUAAAGCAAUGGAUAUAUACUUA